AUGUGGGUUCGUCACCGCUUCGUGGUAUCCGUGAAGGAUGCCAAACCGGGAGACAGGGUCUUCGUAGUGGGAAGUGUCGGGCAGCUUGGACAUUGGAAGAUGCAUGGUGCUCGAGAGCUAAAGACACAACAGGGCUUGUUCCCCAAGUGGCAAGUUGAGGUGGAGAUGGAGCAAGCACCUUUCGAGUACAAGUAUGUCUGGCAGCAUGCUAAAGGUGGACACCUGGAGUGGGAGAACAUCACCAAUCGAAUUUAUUCUCUUCAGGGCCCUUUGGAAGUCGCCGAGUUCAACCGCAAUGAGAGCGUCACGCCUGCCGGCUCUUACGUGUGCUUCCACGGAUACUAUGCUCAUGCAGAGUGGGCCCAGCAAGAGUUUGCCAGCCUGAAGUUCGAGGUGUCGCAGCUGCGUGACACCAUGCAGAUGCAAGCCAAGGACACGGAGCAGUGGCGUACGCGCUACGAAGAGAAUGUGACGUGCUUGGAAAGACAGCGAGCACUCAUGGAAGAGGAGAAGGAAGAGCUGCGCAAACAGCUUGUGCGUCAGGCGCGCAGAAUUCAGGACCUCGAGCGAGAGCGAGACAUCCGCCAGGAGAAAGAGACUCAGCUUGAAACACGUGUGGUGUCCCUGCUGGAUCUAUUGCGAACUUGUCAGGCAGACUUGGAGGCACAGAAGAGGAGCACUGACCGCCUCCGGAGGGACCUGAGCGAUUUCCGGGCUUUGGUGCCGGAAGCAGAAGAGCUUAAGAUGGAGAUCAACGAGGCCUUGAUGCAGGACAUGCCCAAGAUAGUGGCAUCCCUUGUGGGCGAGAUGGGCUGCAAUGCUGCACAUACUCUUACUCAGACCAAUGCAGAACAGGAGGACGCAAAAGAGUACUCUGAUGCCACCCCCCAUGAGCUCCAAGCUGCUCCCAGGCCUCCUCCUCCUGGGCCCUCUUUUGGUGCGAACUUGGAGCCGGAUCCCGCAACGAAUCCAACGGCAAGGAAGAAGGAGCCACAACAGCCUCCAACACUGGGCGAGCGUCGGCAGAUCAUCUUCGAUACACCCCCGCAUCCUGAGGAUGAGGAAGCUAGCAGACUGACCCAGAGAGCUGUGGAUGAGCUUAUGAGUCUAUGGAAAGGCAGCCAGGAGGAGAAGGCAAAGCUUCUGAAGAACAUCAAUUUGAGGCUCCAUCCGGACAAGGGUGGAAGUGACGAAGCGAUGAUUUGGUUUGAAGCCUGGAAAGCUCGCCACCGAGCAUGGUAUUUGCGAGGCCCUGUGCACACCCCGACUGGCUGCUGCAAGCAACAGCGGGCAGGUUGA